CAUUUAGUUACUGUGGGAAGGAGCAAUGAGCAAGAGGGGCAUAUAUAAGAUUUCCACCAUUGAAAAGUGGAUCAUUAGAAUCUUUCCCAAUACAUACAACAUCUUUCUACCCCAUCAUCAUUACCUAAGUUAUGUACUCUUUCCUUUGUUAGUUAUUGAUCAUUUCUUGCCACAUAUCUUGCAAUGUCUCUUCGCGCCCGAUUAACCUCUCCUGCAACUCGUCCUACUAACUAUACCCUUGAGGAGGCUACUGUCUACAUCAACCACCCUGGUUACGAGAACAGAUAUGGCUCGCUAUUGCAGUUCUUUCGUCGUGGUCCAGGGAUCGAGUACGAUUUGGUUCUUUAUGCUUGCUGUGUUGUAGCUGGUAAUCCUUGGCCUCGUGAGAUGCAACAGGGCCGGACAAUCCAGGCGCAAGCUGAUGGAAAGCCACCUAGCUACGCCUAUUUGUCACUGUAUAGAGAUCCCGAUAAACCAGCUAUCAGCCGUCCUGAUAAUGGCAUUCUUACUGAAUUAUCGUACUUUCUUCACGUUACCGAUCGCGGUGUACAAUAUCCGAUUACGCCUGCUUUCGAACAUUGGGUAUUCCCCCACGGCGAUAUACCUCCUCCUUGGCAAGGGCUUGAUAUAUCCCCCUUGCUUGAUGACGACAUCUCGUCCGUAGAUGAUGAUUCCCGGGCCUCCGCUAUGAGCCGCGAUAUAACCUGUCGAAUAACCAAAAGUCAUAUAGGACUAGAACAAGCCCAUAUAAUCCCCCAUGCUGAAGACCCGUGGUUUAGGUUAAAUUAUAUGGGGUUCUACGCUACCGGCCAAGAAGUCGAUAAUCUAAAGAAUACCAUUCUCCUCCGCGCCGAUGUACAUAAGAUAUGGGAUAAGAAUGAGAUCAUUUUAAUCCCUAAGAAACACGAGAAUACAUAUCACUUGGUUAGCCAUGCGUUCAAAACGAAACGUGGCGGUCAUUUCGAAAUAGAAGAGCUAUACCAUAAUCGCGAAUGUCAGGAACUACGCGGGAUUAGGCGAGAGUACCUAUUCGCCCGCUUUGCUUGGGCUAUCUUCAAUUCAAGAACUGUUACGCUUCUUAAUGGCAAGCGUGGUCCGUUCAAUAUCUUGCUAUCCGUAUCCGGUGAGGAUAAGCCUCGAGCCGAAGCCCGUACUUAUACCUUAAUAUCACAAAUUCCCCACGCUACGCUUCCCUAUUUCAACCAACCAAAUUCAAGCCGCUCUUCCUCUAAGAAACGGUCCAGAUCCCAAGCUAACGAUCAUCUCGGUUGGUAUCAUUCUAUUGGGGAUAAUGAAAUUGAAUAUGUUGAUAAUGGAGAUGGCGGACGAGCUAGCAAGAGUGUUGGUUGGUAUUAUUCUAUUGGGGAUAACCAAGUUGAAUAUGUCGACGAUGACGACGACGGGGGUAGCGCGUUGUGUAGCGCUGUUGGUACAGACGAGGAUAGCGGUCGUAUCGGUCGGAAGCGUAGGCGGUCUGGGAGCUUCGGCAGCAAGUCGCCUCCCCCCCUUUCGCAGUCUCUCAUUACCGUUAGUAGCGGCGGCCGGAGCGAUAGCACUGUCGCAAACCCGCUCGAUGCAGAAGUCGAGACGGAGUCUGGCUUAGAAGACAGUAAGGACGUAGCCCUGCCCGAUGGCCAGGAUAUAUUGCGCAAUAGGGAAGACCGGACGUAUUAAUACUGGAGGAUAUAGUGCAGUGAUUUUGGGUUUCUGGUAACUAAUGGUAAUUACUUUAAUUAACCACUUGUAUAUAUAUGUAGGUAUUUAAGCCAUUAAAUAAGUGCCCAUUGAAUUAUUGUAAU